AUGCCGGACUCGCCUCCCGAUUCCCCUAACCUCACUGGCAUACACGCCUCUGAACCAUGGGAAGACGUGGAAAUCUUCGCGGAGAACGCCUCAAUAGAUAGCCGUAGCGCUGGAACUGUCAUCGAGGAAGAGUUUGAGCUGGUUCCAGAUGAGAAGACCUUCCUUGGCGACCUCUUAGCUCACUGGCUCGAUAUGAGAUACCCAGGCGCUCCUGCUACGGCCCGACUCCGACGGCAGUUCUUUGAACUGAUUUUCCAGGGCUGGGACUCUGGUUUUGACCCCAAUGAAUUGCCCAAACCCAUCAACAAGAGCCCUCAGCACAUCGCUGUCCCUGUUGGCAAAUUCAAGGAAAACCUCCCGGUCAAAGCCGCUAAACGAAAGCACGAUGGAACAAUCCAGCCCAACCAAAACCGCUGGGCUGAUGCCCCGGCUUACCUGAGUGUUCACUUCAAUCCCAGCACAUGGGAACUUAGUACCAAGUGGCGAGAUAAGCAAGGGGGCUAUGCUGAUGCCGAAUAUGUCAAGCUCAACGAUGGCAUCACCAUGGCUCAGGCAGUGGAGCAGACUAUUCGCCAUAGGGACUACUGGGAGCUCGAACUCGUGGAGAAGUACAACACCAGAUUGAUCGUAUCUUUGGCUCAGAGCCGAAUCCGGAUUUGGGGCGAGUCCGGCGUGACCUCUGCGAUAUCACCACCCCCUGAGCACCUCGAACUGAACGGUCGACUUCUCCAGCCUGAGUUGAUGUCAGAUGGAUUAAAGAAGAUGGCUGAAAACUUGAACGAGGUGUCCGAAGCGAUGAGAAAACGUGAGGAGCGCUUAGCAGCUUUGUGA